GUAAAAAUCCUCUGAAGCAAAACAACCGGUGAUGAACUGAACCGAGCAGUACCAAGUACCAACCAAACAACCUGCUGAUAAUAAAGGAUCCUGGCUCUCACGCAGCAGCAACCUCUCGCUCUCACUCUGAAGCUCAGGUGGUGCCGGCCGGCGACGAGAUGGCAACCGGAGGAGGGAAUGGGGAGACGGUGCUGGUCACCGGCGCCAGCGGCUUCAUCGGCUCGUGGGUCGUCCGCCUCCUCCUCGCCCGCGGCUACUCCGUCCACGCCACCGUCCUCAACCCCGAUGACAAGGCCGAGACGGACCACCUCCUCGCGCUCGCCGCCGACGCCGGCGCCGGCGAGGGCCGGCUCCGCGUCUUCCCGGGCGACCUCCUCGACGGCGCUGCCCUGCUCGCCGCCGCGCGGGGCUGCUCCGGCGUCUUCCACCUCGCCUCCCCCUGCACCGUGGACCGCGUCGUCGACCCCCAGAGGCAGCUGGUGGUUCCGGCGGUGGAGGGGACGCUGAACGUGCUGCUCGCGGCCAAGGAGGCGGGUGGAGUGCGCCGGGUUGUGGUGACCUCGUCCAUCUCCGCCAUCGUGCCCAGCCCCGGCUGGCCGGCCGGCGAGGUGCGCGACGAGCGCUGCUGGACCGACCUUGACUACUGCGAGAAGAACGGGGUUUGGUACCCUGCUUCAAAAACAUUGGCAGAGAAGGCAGCAUGGAAGUUUGCAGAGGAGAAUGGAAUGGAUGUGGUUGUGGUUAACCCAGGGACUGUCAUGGGCCCGAUAAUCCCACCGAGAAUCAAUGCUAGCAUGGCCAUCCUUGUUCGCCUACUUGAAGGUUGCACAGAGGAGUAUGCAGAUUAUUACAUGGGGCCAGUCCAUGUGGAAGACGUUGCUCUGGCCCAUGUUCUGCUGUACGAGAACCCAUCAGCAUCCGGGAGGCACAUCUGCGUGCAGUCCGUUGUUCACUGGAGUGAUUUCGCAUGCAAAGUCGCCGAGCUUUACCCCAACUACAAAGUGCCAGAGUUCCCAGAGGAUACGCAGCCUGGGCUGGUGAGAGCAGAGGUUGGGUCUAAGAAGCUGAUCGCACUGGGUUUGCAGUUCAGUCCCAUGGAGAAGAUCAUCAAGGAUUCAGUGGAGAGCCUCAAGAGCAGAGGCUUCAUCUCCUGAAGACCCAAGUCGACUGCUGCUGGCUCCCUUCCAUGCAUGAAUCCUUUCUGCCUGAGUAGAUUACUUGUGUGGUUAUGUCACAUGUUUGAAAAACAAAACUCUGUGGUUAUGAAUAAUGGAGAUGUGCAGAGACCUUAUGGUAGGCUCCAGUUGUUGAGCACUUCAGGCGAGACAAAUAAAUCAUGCAAUUCCAUGCA